AUGCAACCGGCAGGAAACAAAGGCCGUCGAGGCCAGAAGACAUGGUCCUUCGCGGCUCAUUCGUCGAGCGUGAAUUGCAUCAGCAUCGGCAGGAAGUCAGCGGAGAGGUUUAUAACGGGCGGCGACGAUAAGAAGCUGCACCUAUGGUCCACCCGCCAGCGGGCGCCGUUGCUGUCGCUGCGCGGCAACACGAGCGCCAUACAGAGCGUGCUGCUCGAUGCGAGCGAGGAGCUCGCCGUCGCGGGCGGCGCUGCGGGCGCCGUGAAGCUCUGGGACCUGGUGGAAGGACGAGCCAUCCGAACGAUGACGGGCCACAAAGCUGCGCCGAUCGCGCUCGACCUGUACUCCGCGGGCGGGCUGUGCGCGUCUCUCAGCCCCGCGGAUGGCACCGCGCGCGUGUGGGACCCGCGCCAGAAGGAAGCCGCGCACGUCUUCCGCGGAAUGGGCGCGGGGGACGCGGGGGAGGGCGGCGGAGCUGUGGGAGGGGGCGGGGCGGAGGGGAGAGGAGCGGGAGCAGGGGGCGGAGCGGAAAGCGCCGGGGGGAAGGGCGGGAAAACUGUAGGGUGCGUGCGGUUCAGUCCGGAUGGGCGGUGGGUGGUGGCAGGCGGGCAAGAUGGGCGCAUCAAGGUGAGCAGCGCGCGGGGAAGAAAGAGGGGGGUGGGAGUGAGCUUAUCCCAACCCCUCGCAAUUCCCCACCACGUGCUUCCCACGCUUUAUUUCCUCAUCACUCACUCUCCCCAUGCCCCCCUCCUUCCCUCCGCGCGCAUGUCCCUCCGCGCACAGCUGUUCGACCUGGCGCAGGGGCGGCUGUUCGCGCAACGACAUGCCUCCACCCUGUUCGACCUGGCGCAGGGGCGGCUGAUCGCGCAGCUGGCGGGGCACGCGGGCGCGGUACCGGCGCUCGACUUCCACCCGCAGGAGCUGCUGCUCGCGUCCGCCGCGCGCGACCGCACCGUGCGCUGGUGGGACCUCGAGUCGUUCGACUGCGUUGACUGCGCGCCGCCGGGCGCGGGCGGAACCUCGGCGCUCGCGUUUUCUCCCCAAGGGGAUGCGCUCUUCGCGCCAUGCACGGACCACCUCAAGGUGUGGGGCUGGGAGCCAAUCAGGUGCUUCGACUCUGUCCACGUGGGAUGGCCGAAGGUCGCUGACGUCAGCGUGAAUGACACCUCCCUGGUGGCUGUCUCUGCAUCCGUCACCGUUGUCACUCUCUGGACCGUUGAUCUUGAGCGAGUGCUGCCAUUCAGCAAGGACCCAGACCAGUGCUUCGAUGACCCCAUCCCCCUCCCCUCGCUCAUCUCUUCCCCUCCUCCCUCCCCCUUCCCCCCCCGUCCCCCUUCUCUCCCCUCUUUUCCCCGCCACCCCCCCCCCACCCAGCGAGUGCUGCCAUUCAGCAAGGACCCCGACCAGUGCUUCGACGAGCCCCUCCCCCUCCCCUCUCCCACCUCUUCCUCCCCUCCCUCCCUGCGUCCUCACUUCCCCCUUUCCCCCCUCUCCAUCCCCCUUUCUCCCCCACUCCCCAGCGAUGACGUGGAGGGGCCGGGCUGCCAGCAUCACAAGCCCGCCGCGCUCCCAUCCUCGCGUGCGCGCUCCUCCUCUCUCCCGCGCUCCCUUGCCCGCCACCUCGCCCCCACCAUUGCCUCGCUGCAGCGCACCCGCCGCGACCCCUCCCCCUCGCCCUCGCCCUCUGCUUGCUCGGUGGUGUUGGGGCGGGAUGAUUAUAACGGAGGUGGUGAUAAGGGGGGGAAGUAUGGAGGGUAUACCACGGGAGGAGACACCAGCACUGACGACGAGUGCACGAGUCAUAGACUGCCACGUGGCGGCUCAGCAUCGCAUGGUGCAACGGCCACCACCACCGCAGCUACUCCUGGUCAUUCUGCUACUGCUGCUAAUGGGUAUACAGCCUCUCGACGCAGCUCACAUGUGCACUCCCAGGCGUCUCCUCGCCGCUCCCCUCCCUCCUCCUCUCCUUCCAACCCCAGCGGUCACUCCCCUGCUCGCACUGCUCCUUCCUCUUCUGCACAUCCAGGUGCACACCCUCAAGACUCCCCUCCCCCACCCUGCUCCUCUGCCUCGGCCUCCCUUUCCGUGGGCAGCUGGGGCUUCCGAACCUCCAGCAAGGCUCGGGGAAAGAGGCAGGAGUCUCCUGUGCCGGCGCUUUCUGAGGGCAGGUCCGGCAGCGCGCCGAGCCAGAGCUCGCUGGUUCGGAAGCUGGGUUUGUUUGUGCCGAGGCUGCGGCCGCCGUAUGCUGUGGAUGAUGAGGAGGUGGAGGAGGGGGAGGAGGUGGAGCAGGGGGUAGGGGGGGGAAUGGCGGGGAUGGUUAGGAGCCAGAGCGAGAAGGUUCCAGGAAGCGGGCCUCUUGUUGCGAUCCGCCACGGACAACUGGCUGACGUGGAGGUUUCAGCCAAUCAAAAGGUAGCAGGGAGUGGAGGAGUGGGGAGAAGGUUGAGUGGGGAGGAGGAAAGGAGGCGUGUGCAGGAGAAGGGGAAGGAGGGCGCGGUUGGAGCAGCAGAGAGGGGGAAUGGCGCAGAGUGGAGGGCAGGAAAAGGGAUAGGGACGGGGAUAAGUGCCGAGGCUGGGCUGGCGGCGCGCAGGCAGGCAGUGCGGCAGGUGGGGGAGAUGUGGCGCGAUGGGCUCGUGGCUGAUGCCCUCGCGUUCCUGGCGGUCACUGCGGACGAAGGGGUUCUGGUGGAUGUGGUUUCAGCUAUGAGUGCACAGGGCAGCAGCAGCAUGGCAGGAGGGGGAGGGGUCGGUGGGGCCAGCAGCAUGGGCGGCGUGAGUGGGACAAGCGCUGCAGUUCAGUGCCUGGGAGUGGACGGCUGUGCCGCCCUGGUGCCCAUUCUGGGCGGCUUGCUGGCCAGUGCGCACUCCAGCCACGUGCACGCCGCCCUCUUGCUGCUGUGCGCACUGCUGCGCUGCUACAGUGACGGCAUCUCCGCCGCCCGCUCUGCCGUCCACUCGCCCGGCGUGGACCUGCACAUGGAAAUGUGGCUGCAGCGCUGUGCUGAGUGUGCUGAGGCCUUCCAGGCCCUCGCCCCUCGCCUGCAAAUGCUGCUGCACACUGGGCCCAAGGAGAAUUGCUCGCUUGCCACCCAAGUGCACAUGCUCACAUCGCGCCUCGCCUCGUGA